CCAUCAGUAGAUGAAGUUUUGAGCGUUUAUUUAUCAGCCAAAACAUCAAGGCGUGACCUUAAACCUUCUAGUAGUAUAAACAACAUACUCUUCCACGUAUUGAAAGUGCAGAAAGAGUUGCGCGAAAUAGUAAACGCUCCGACUAAGGACCAGUAUAUUAUUCAAGAUGCGCGUCUCCAUAAUCAUGCUAACCCUAACGAUUUCUUUCCUAAAGAAUUCGAGAAAAUGCAACAUUACUUCUCGGCGAAUUAUUUGAUGCCUUACAACUUUCCUUCGGACACUCUUGUUCCUAGUGAUGAUGAUCAAGACAGAAUUUUGUCGUUCUUUCCACCCUUAUUAGAUGAUUUUGUUACACCGGCACAAAAUGUUACUUUCAAAGAAAGAGGAUUUUCUAUGGCCACGAUUGCAUCCAAGAAAAUCAAGUUGAACCAGACGAAAGCUGGAUCAUCUUUAACAUUGCGAGCUCCGAAAGAAAUUUCUAAUAAACGAGUAGAGCCCACCGCAGAAGAAAAAGAUGUUCAAGCGAGAGCCAAUUAUUUUUCUAAAAUUUUUACUGAUGAUCAAAUGUUCCUUCAUAAUGUAACACGGCAUAUUGCGCAAGAUCAUCUUCAAUAUGCCACACACGUGUUCCAAGAUGAUUUACGGAAACAUUUUGCGAUUUCCUUUGAAACAGUAUGUGAGAUUCAAAAUAAGUACCUUGAAUUGUGGAGGUCAAUUUUGUUAAUUGAACCGACUGUAGCUAUGCGUACUAUACUUGCUAGGGACGACAUAGCUGCACGAUUCGUUGGUGAACAUGUCAUACAUGUACAUGCAUGCCAUUACAUUGAACCACAAGUAGUAUAUCACAACCAUAGUGUUAAUGGUUCCUGUUACUUGGAAACACCCAUCUUAUCCAAGGAACAUACAUUACUGUUUGCAUCACCGGGUUCAUCCGAUCUUCUACCGGUCGGAAAACAAAUCCCGUGUGAGCAUGUGCCGACAGAUGUAUGGCAAGAACAGGGAAGAUGGAAAAAUGAGAAUGGUUACGUGGAUGUCAAUCCAAUGUCUAUUAUUGAGGGCUUUCAUCAGUCCAAAAUAACACCAUUG